CCUUUUUCCUCAACUUUUUUUCACCGCUCAGUCUGCUUCUGAUAUUCAGGCACAGAGAAAGGAAGUAGCGACAGGCUAGCUGGUUAGCCGGUCUGAAACCACACAGUCUGUGAAGAGAGAGUGAACCAGAGAGGCUGUGUUAUCUGGAUGACUGUUUUCUUCAUGAUAUGUUUGCGUGUGAGCAGGCUGUUCAGUCGAUACGUUUUAUUUAGUCUCUAUCGAGGUUUCAGGGCUGCACACUGACUUGACUGGGAGCUUUGUCUGUCUGUCUGGGACUCCACCGCUGUUAGCCUGGUUGGUGAAAAUCACUCUUGGUUUAUCCUGAAGGAGAAGAAACACAACAAACCGAGAAACAGAGAUUUGGUUAUCAUUUAUUAUUUCACCAGUCGCCUGAAUCGCAGAGGAUGCUGUUAAGGAUUACAUCAAGACAAUGAGAAAAGCAGCCGGGAAAGGUGCUGUGUGGUGAGUGGGUGAGGCAUGCUGAGGCCACUCCCCCUGGCCCAGGAUGAGUGUCAGAGAUGGCGCUGCCACCAUGGCAACGAACGCAGGUGGAGGAGGGGGGGGAAGUGGGCCAGCUAGCCCGAAUGAUAACGAUGACCGCUCAUACCUACUCCAGAUCUACCCACGGUUGGCUGCCCAAUCCUCCACCUGCUGCACCCUUAGGGUGCAAAAGGAUGCAACAGCAGCGUCUGUGAUCUCAGAUGCUGCCACGGCGCUGGGGCUGGACCCUGGUCGCAUGUAUGUGCUGGCAGAGGUGAAGGAAUGUGGCGGGGAAGAGUGGGUGCUAGAGGCAGGAGACCUACCAGCACAGAGGUUUCUGCUGUGGCCUCGCAAAGCCCAGGAGCAGCAUCCUCAGAGCCUCGGAUUUUAUUUCCUACUACAGGAGAGGAACCAUGAUGGGUCAAUCCAUUAUGUUCACCUCCCAUCUAUGUCUAAGGACCAGGAGGCGCAGCGGUUAGCCGCCAGGGGUUUCCUUCCCCCUCCACAGGAUGACUUUGCAGACCUCUGCAACCUUCCCGUCCUCAAUGAGGACAGCAUAUUAAACAACCUGCGCACACGCUUUUACAAGAAAAAGAUCUACACCUAUGCAGGCAGCAUCCUCAUCGCCAUCAACCCCUUCAAGUUCCUGCCCAUCUACAACCCUAAGUACGUCAAGAUGUAUGAGAACCACCAGCUGGGCAAACUGGAGCCUCACAUUUUUGCAAUCGCAGAUGUAGCAUACUACGCUAUGCUCAGGAAGAGGGUCAACCAGUGCAUUGUGAUCUCUGGUGAAAGUGGCUCAGGAAAGACCCAGAGUACCAAUUUCCUGAUCCACUGUCUUACUGCACUCAGCCAGAAGGGCUAUGCCAGUGGUGUGGAGAGGACCAUACUUGGAGCCGGACCAGUCCUGGAGGCCUUUGGAAAUGCCAAGACAGCCCAUAACAACAACUCCAGCCGCUUUGGGAAGUUCAUCCAGGUGAAUUACCUGGAGAGUGGAGUGGUCAGAGGGGCCGUGGUGGAGAAGUAUCUUCUGGAGAAGUCUCGUCUGGUCUCCAGAGAGAAGAAUGAGAGGAACUACCAUGUGUUUUACUACCUGUUAUUGGGAGCUUCAGACGAGGAGAGGAAGGAGUUCAAGCUGCUGCCGCCUGAAGAAUACUUCUACCUCAAGCAGCAAAACUUUAAGAUUGAAGAUGAGGAAGACCUUCGUCAUGACUUUGAAAGGCUGCAGCAGGCAAUGGAGAUGGUUGGCUUCCUUCCCGCUACCAAGAAACAGAUCUUCUCUGUGCUUUCGGCCAUCUUGUAUCUGGGUAACGUGACCUACAGGAGAAAGUCGACAGGCCGAGAUGAAGGAUUGGAUGUUGGACCACCUGAGGUCCUGGCCACGCUCUCUGACCUGUUGAAGGUGAAAGAGGAGCUGCUGGUCGAGGCUCUGACAAAGAGGAAAACGGUGACUGUCAAUGACAAGCUGAUCCUCCCUUACAGCCACUCAGAGGCAAUCACCGCCAGAGACUCCAUGGCCAAAUCUUUGUACAGCGCCUUGUUUGACUGGAUCGUUCUGCGCAUCAAUCACGCACUGCUUAACAAGAAAGAUAUGGAAGAACAUGUUCCAUGCUUGUCCAUUGGUGUCCUGGACAUUUUUGGCUUUGAGGACUUUGAGACAAACAGUUUUGAACAGUUCUGCAUCAACUAUGCAAACGAGCAGCUGCAAUAUUAUUUUAACCACCACAUCUUCAAUCUGGAGCAGGAAGAGUACCAAGCAGAGGGAAUCACCUGGCACAACAUCGACUACACCGACAAUGUGGGCUGUAUCCAUCUCAUCAGCAAGAAACCAACCGGCCUGCUCUACCUGCUGGAUGAGGAGAGCAACUUUCCUCAUGCAACAGAUGAAACGUUAUUAGCCAAAUUCAAGCAGCAGCACCAGGGGAACAAGUACUUUGUCCCCACACCAGUCAUGGAGCCGGCUUUCGUCAUUCGCCACUUUGCUGGGAAAGUCAAAUAUCAAAUCAAGGAUUUCCGGGAGAAGAACACAGACCACAUGCGUCCAGACAUUGUGGCAUUGUUGCGGAGCAGCGACCGUGCAUAUGUGCGCCAGCUCAUCGGCAUGGACCCAGUGGCCAUGUUUAGAUGGGGCAUCUUGCGCGCCACCGUCAGAGGCAUCGCUGCUUUUAAUGAAGCAGGCCGCACGUGGGCUGCAAAGACGUCAGGCGUUGUCCGUCCAAUCUCAAGAACUCCACUGGGAGAGCUUCAGCGAUCCAAUGCCCCAGUAGACAGAAUGUACAAACGAGCUUCUAUGCUCGAUUUCUACUUUGAUCACUCAGAGGAGCGCCCUCUAGAGGCCUUUGAAGACAUCUUUGCUAGCUAUGAGAGUAAGAAAGACAUGCAUGCAGAAAUCAUCAGCUCCAUUAAGAACUUGCAGCUGGAUGGUGAGGACCCUCGCAAGCUGCUGCAGUCCUGGGGUCGCCUCCGCUUCCCUCGACACGUCCUUCAGAAAAACAAGAACACCAAGCAGAGGCAGCUCAUUCCCAAGAGUUUGCUGGAUUCUCGUUCUCUAAAGUUCAUUGUGAGUCUUACGCUGCAUGAUCGCACCACCAAGUCCCUGCUCCAUCUGCACAAGAAGAAGAAGCCCCCCAGCAUCAGUGCCCAGUUCCAGACUUCUCUGACCAAGCUCUUGGAGACUCUGAACAGAGCUGAGCCUUUCUUCAUUCGUUGUAUUCGCUCCAAUGCACAGAAGAAAGAGAUGUAUCUGGAUGAGGCCUUGGUGGUUCAGCAGCUGAGAUACACAGGAAUGCUGGAAACUGUACGCAUCAGGAGGUCUGGCUAUGGAGCCAAGUACACAUUCCAGGAGUUCGUUGAGCAGUUCAGGGUUUUGCUGCCAAAGAAUGCAACCGCCUUUAAAGAGGACAUCUCAGCACUGCUUGGUAAGAAGAUGGGCCUGGACCCCACCACUUACCAGAUCGGGAAAACAAAGGUGUUCUUGAAGGAGCUGGAGCGACAGCAGCUGCAGGAUACGCUGCACAAGGAUGUAAUGCGCAAGAUCAUUUACCUCCAGCGCUGGUUCAGAGCUCGUCUGCAGAGGAAAGAGUUUCUGGACAUGAGGCAGGCAGCCAUCUUGAUUCAGCGUACAUGGCACAGGUAUUGUGAAGAGGAGAAGAGGCGACAGGCAGCCACUCUGAUUCAGGCUUUGUGGAGGGGACACAGACAGAGAGCAGGGUACAUCCACCAGAAACAGGGUGUCACAAAAAUACAAGCCCUGGUCAGAGGACACUCAGCACGAAGAAGGUGUCAGUCUUUGCGUGAGGAGAAACAGAGAAAGGAAGAGGAGGAAAAAGAAGCUCAGAAAAGGGCAGAAGAGGAGGAAAGGAGAAGGAGGGAAGAAGAGGAGGAAGCCAGGAGAAAAGCAGAGCAAGAGGAGGAAGAAAGAAGGAAGAUGGAGGAACAGGCAAAGAUAAUGGCAGAAGAGGAGGAAGCAAGGAGGAGAACAGAGGAGGAAGAGACUGCCAGGAGAGCACAGGAAGAACAGAAAAAGAAAGAGGAAGCAGAGGUCAGACCUGCGAGGGAGCCUCAAACACGAGAGGAUCCGGAUAUAGAGCUGGUCACAGAGGAGAUGCUGGAUGAAAACCUCCCUGCUAAGGAGACAGAGGAGAGAGGAGAGAAGGACAUGGAGGUUAAUGCAAUCUCACACACAGAAGAGGAACAGGGCAAAAAGGAGGAGCUGGAAGAUGAGGAAUUACCUGUAGAGACUAACGGUACCCUGGCUGUGGCUGGACCUCAGCUGGAUGAGAAAGAAGAAGACGAGGAUUUGAGGAAUGAAACACUAGAAGAAUCAGCUUCACAACCAGCUCUUCCCUCUGAUGUGGGCACCUCCCAAGCACUUACACUCACAUCCCCAGGUGAAGAGCCAGAUAAAGCACCUUCCAGCAAUACCUCUGCACCUUCCAAUGCUGAUCAAAAGGGAGCACAGCCUGCAUCUGUCAACAGGGGCAACUCAUCCAGGAGUCAGGAGAAGAGAGAGCAGAGGAGACGACGAGGGCUGGAGCACAACCAGAGAGAAAGCGAACGAGCAUCCUCCUCAACAGCCAGCACCAAGGAUCAAACCUCCCAGUCCAAGAUCAAAAACCAAGAGUCCUCGAAGCUGAAAGAGCGGGCAGACAGCAAAGAGCUGGACCAGUACACGUUUGUGGCCUGGAAAAUGAAGGAAGACAAAGGAGGGAAGAAGGAGGCAAAAGCUUCACCUGCUCCUGUUCGGCCGUCCACGUUAUCCCUGCAGCGGGCCGACUCUGUGCCUGAAAGAAAUGGUUUAAGUGAUGGGGCAGGAGCUGUAAACCUGCAUCGCCGUCCUGGGGCAAUAAAGGAGAAGCCGGAGAAGUGGAGGGGAAGGAGGAGUGAUGGAGAAACACCUGAGAAUGCUGGCCCACCACCACCUCAUAACAGGGAGGACAAGAGGAGAAAACACCCACUGAAUGAAACUACCUUUUCAUCAGUUGACAGUUUGUCUCCCAGCUCUGAAGGAGCUGGUGCUUUUUCAGCAAGAGAGUUGAUUUCCCCCUCAGAGAGCCACAGUGACGGCUCCAAGGGAAGCUCCUUCAGGCGGAAACACCAGGAAGGUUCUGGUCAUCAAGACCCUGCACACUCCAUCCCAUCCACACCAGACAGGUCAGGUGGUUUCUUUAGCAAGAUUUUGAAGAAGCGUCCACACAGGGAGGCCCAGACUCCGGACAACGGGGAGCUGACAUUUGCCCAAACUCUCAAUGAGAGGUCAGGAGGGGAAGCCCAAUCAGCCCAGCCACAUGGCGAGCGUGCCGGUAAAGGUUUGGGCCGCAACCCCACCAUUAAGAUCAGUCGUGCCACUCGGGUCUCUGAGCAGUGGAACGCCUCGCUGGAUCGGGAAAUCACAAACGCAAACGAGCUGCGGCACCUUGAUGAGUUUCUGGGCAACCAGGUGAAUGAUUUCCGCUCCAGGGGGAAGUCACUGUCAGCCACAGAAGCCAUCUUUGUUACUGCCACCAUGCAGUUCAGAGAGAAUAUCAAAGCUAUGUACUCUCUCCCAAAACCCACCACUGGCUACAAAGGUCUCAUGUCUUGCUACCAGACCAAGGUGAUUCACCUCGCAGGCGACAAGCAGAAAGGGGAAGUCCAGCUUGUGGUCAACCUGUUUCAGUCAGUGCUGGAUGGCUUCAUCAGAGGAGAGAUGAAGAAAGAGGAGGCUGAGCCUGCAAAGCCUGCUAAAGCUAGGAAGAAGAGAAGAAAAAAAGAUAAAAGUAUGGAAAGCCCUCUGGAUCAUAUUUUCGUCAACUAUCAGGUCAACAUCAUGCAGUCAUGUGACCAGUGUAGUUCCUACAUCUGGGGCAUGGAGAAGGCCUACAUGUGCAGCUAUUGUAAAAUGGUGUGCCACAAGAAGUGCCUCUGCAAAAUCGUCACUGACUGCACCACCUUCUCUGCCAAAAAGAGUGACGAGGAGUCUGGUGGUCUGCACUUUGGGGUGCGUGUGUGUCACCUGGUCAGUGAGAAAAACCCAGUACCUAUGGUGCUGGAAAUGAUGCUGGAGCACGUGGAGAUGCAGGGCCUCUACACUGAGGGCAUCUACCGGAAGUCCGGCUCUGCUAACCGCAUCAAAGAGCUGCACCAGCGGCUGGAGACUGACCCCCACCUGGUCUGUCUUGAGGACUAUCCCAUCCACACAGUGACAGGCCUGGUGAAACAGUGGCUGAGGGAGCUGCCAGAUCCACUCAUGACCUUCAUACAUUAUAAUGACUUCUUGCAUGCAGUGGAACUGCCAGAGAAGCAGGAGCAGCUUCAAGCUAUAUACAAAUGGUUGGAGCAACUCCCACAAGCAAACUUCAACACAUUGGAGAGACUUGUCUUCCACCUGGUCAGGGUGUGUAAAGGGGAGGCUCACAACCGUAUGUCACCAAACUCGCUGGCAAUAGUUUUUGCCCCGUGUAUCCUGCGCUGCCCAGACACUGCGGACCCGCUGCUCAGCAUGAAGGAUGUCGCCAAGACAACCACGUGUGUGGAGAUGCUCAUCAAUGAGCAAAUCAGACGCUACAAUGAGAAGAUGGAGGAGAUCGAGCAGCUGGAGUACGCAGAGGCUCUGGCUGUAAACCAGCUCAAACUGAAGAGACAGAACACGCACUUCUGGCACUUACCUCUCAGGUUCUCAGCUCCUUACAAAGGAGUGGUGGUCCAUGAGAAGCCCAGUCCAGAUCUCAGUGUAGUCCCUGAGAACGAGCCUUUGGACUCCGACACAGAGGCUGAGAAGAACUUGGUGGAGCGAAUCAAGUCCAUCAAGCAGGAGAAAGAGGAUCUGGCCUGCAGACUUCCAGAGAUGGAGCAGCCUGGCUCAGACCAGGAGAACUUGGACUCUGAAGCCUCGCUGAGCUCUGAGAGCCUGUUAGAUGAGCAGCAGCGCUCUUCUAUCAACAGUUCAGAGCCUGAAGGUCUGGACCAGUGAUGGUGAUGGGGGCGGUGACGUCUGCUCUGUAACACAGCAGGACUAGGUGGAUCCCUGCUGAGAAGAAUCAGGCCAGCAUGCCCACCCAAACCGCCAGACCUGGCCCAGCGACCUAAAGUCCCAAGUGGACGCCUCUCUAUGUCAAACCUCACCCCUGCGAGCUCCACUUCCUCUGUGUUCAGCUGCGCUUCUUCAACUUCUGAAUACUCCAAUGCCUCCUUCAGGCAUCUGCUGCAACGUCGCAAUCCCAUCAUCCCAGACACAGUUAAACUUCCCCCCGGCGUCCUCUCCCAUUCUGCGUCAACGUGUCUGCCUCCUGGAAGUCGAGCAGCACAAUAUUCGGUGAAGAGAAGAGAGCAGCCUGGCCGUCGCAAAGAUAGCACUCAGUCCUUGUACAUCGACAGCCCAGGGAGGGACUUGUUGCUGCAUUUUUCCUCCUGCCCUCCCUCCUCUUCCUCCUCCUCCUCUUCCAUCGCCACUUCAACACCUGCAGUACUUCAGCACCAGCAGCAGGACGCACAGGCCUCAAAGGGCCAGAGACGUUUUUCUGACCCAGACAUACCUUAUAUGGAUGAUGAUGCCUGACCUGGGCAGAGCAGAACAAAUAGUGCAGGUGGUCAUGAGAUAUAGCUGAGAGAAGAAAGGAAAGACUAUAACUGGCAUGUAGACAGAAUCCAGAGUGUCAAAAAAUGGAGGUUUUCCUGGCUGUUGUCAGUGGGAACCAAUCAAGGAUCUGCAAAUGUGUCCAAAGUUUGUUGUCCUUAGUCAGAACUGGACAUGGUUUUACCCAGCACCUUUUUGUACCAUUUUUCUGUGUGAUGGUAAAUGUUGAUGAAUCCAGUUGAGACAGAACAAUGACUUUUUCUCUGUAGCCUCAUAAUGAUGGACCAGCCAUUUGUCUCUCUCCUUUGUAACAUUCAUGCUAAUUCAAAGAAAUGGUGCAGGUGUCUUGCUGCACUUCUCAUUUCUUUGUGCUCUUAAUGAGAGAAACCUGCUCCCUGAAACGUUAGCUUGUGCCUUGGUUAAUGUACAGUAAGUUUGAAAAGUUAAUUCUUCAUGUAAUGUUAUGGACGGUGCUCACUGAGGGAGGGUUAUUAGGAUAAAGAAAGGGCACCUUUUUCUCAGACUUAUGCGUUUACUUUUCUGCACCUGCACAAGACAUUUUGAAACAAGGACUUAAAUAAGCACAACAAGUCUUGUCACAACGGCUGCAAAGGACAACAUCUUCUCCAUACCUUAACCAUGACCCUGCCGAACCACAAGCCCCGGAUAAGAACUGUUUCUCACACAGCAAAGGGAAAUGGGAGCAGCACACGCCACUUUUUCCCCCUGAAACAACAAAAACACAAACCAAGCCUUCAUGCAUAAGUCGUGCCACGAUAUCUCUAAAACCCCAAUGUCCAUGAACCCAUCUUUCCUGUUUUCUAAAAUGAACUUCACGCAGCUGUACCAUACCAGCCAUUCAGGUUUAACAGUCCCAGAAUGAGCAGGUUCUGCUGAAGCACAGCUUUGGCCGACUUUGUGUGAAAUGUAAUACUAAUGUACUUCCCAGACUGCUGUUGAAUGAUGUCUGCAAGUUUGUCUGGAUUAUGAGGAAGAUGUUCUGAUGUGUAAUAAUGUGUAAACAGAGAGUGUAUGGUUGGGACUGAAUGAUGUGAACUGUUAUGGUUAUUAGUAUUAACAUGAUAAUACACGUGAUGCUUG